GGUAUUGUGAUGACACGACCAAAAACAUGGCUAAGCAAAAAACCCUUUCUCUCUGCAGUUUAUUUUUCACUUCUUCGAAACGGCGGUUCUUUGAAUUUCGUAAUUUAUGUAUGCAAUCAGAAAUCAAACAUUCCAACCCUAACACUCUCUACUAUUUUGUUUUCUUUCCCGUUUGAUCACCGCUUUUCUUGUUUUUCAUUUUUCUCGGCUGAUUUCGCUGUAAUUAUAUUCUGCUAAGGUUUUCUUUCUCUUCUUCGUUGAUUUUCCUGCAUUGCCUUAUUUCAAAACGUUGGCGGUUUGAUUCUUUUUGUUUUUAACGGAGAUAGAGAGAGAUAUGGGAGACUUGGUGAAGGUGCUGUACAUAGUUGUAGUGGACGUAGGUGAGAAGAAGAAGAAGACGUCGUCGUUUCGGUACACGCGUCCCGUUCUUCAGAGUACUCUCCAACUCAUGGGAUGCAAAGCUCGUCAUGCUUUCAAGAUUAGCCAGAAGGUUUUUGAAUUGAUAAGAAAUGAACCGUUUUAUGAAUCACUACUUCAUGAGGGAAGUGAAACUUUAAAUUCUGAUGGUUUCAAAGGGAACUCUGAGAAGGAAGAUGUUUGUCCCACCAAUGGUGGCAUUCAUAGAGCAGAGACAGGAAGCUACUUAGUUUCAGAUAAAGAUGAUCAAAAUAAGAGUAUACCAUUUGAGUUGUACAAAAGAUGCACAUCGGUUGUUGUUAGAAGAGAAACUUUCUUAGAUGUUGUUUGUGAAGCUCUGUCUGAAUACAAGUAUGUGGGUCCGAACCAGAGAGCUGACUUGGCUUUGGCAUGCAGAAUCCGGGAGAGGAAGGAAUCUGUAACUGUGCUGUUGUGUGGUACUAGUGGUUGUGGCAAAUCUACUUUGUCUGCUUUGCUGGGUGGUAGGUUAGGAAUUACAACUGUGAUUUCAACUGACUCUAUUCGCCACAUGAUGAGGAGUUUUGCGGAUGAGAAGGAAAAUCCUCUACUCUGGGCUUCAACCUAUCAUGCUGGGGAAUGCUUGGAUCCUAUGGCAGUUGCAGAAGCUAAGGCUAAAAAACAGGCAAAAAAGUUGUCAGGCAUUGCUCAGUCACUUACUAAGGAUGAGGUAGUUGAUGGUUCUUCUGCUAGCAAGGGACCCCAGCCAAUGGAGAGUGGUUCUACUAAUACUGAAUUGAUCACUUCCAAACAGAUGGCAGUUGAAGGGUUCAAGGCACAAAGUGAGAUGGUAAUUGACAGUCUAGACAGGCUUAUCACUGGAUGGGAAGAAAGGAACGAGUCUGUGGUUGUUGAGGGUGUUCACUUAAGCCUCAAUUUUGUUAUGGGGCUUAUGAAGAAACACCCUUCAAUUAUACCAUUCAUGAUAUACAUUUCAAAUGAAGAAAAACACUUGGAAAGGUUUGCAGUUUGUGCAAAGUACAUGACAUUGGACCCUGCAAAAAAUAAGUACGUAAAGUAUAUAAGGAAUAUCAGGACGAUACAAGAUUAUCUAUGUAAACGAGCUGACAAGCAUUUGGUCCCCAAAGUAAACAACACAAACGUUGACAGAAGUGUUGCAGUCAUACAUGCCACGGUUUUCAGUUGCCUCCGAACGCGUGAAGCUGGAGAGCCUCUUUAUGAUCCUAUGACAAACACAGUUGCGGUGGUUGAUGAGUACCGGAACCAGUGUGCUGCCGAUUCACUAAGCUCCAAGGGAAUGUUUCAGUUGAUCCAGAGGAAUGAUUCUUGUAGGCAAUUGAUGGCCCUUCUUAACACUGAUGGAUCUGUAGCAAAAGCUUGGCCAGUUGAUUUGGUUGAUGGUAAUGGAAAACCUAUCUCUGGCCAUGGGACUGAGGGUGGAAUAGGCAUUCCCUUGUAUGGACCUUUAAAAAUUGGCAGGGCUGAACCUGUUAAUCUUCAAUUUGGUCACUUUGGAAUUAGUGCCUGGCCUAGUGAUGGUGGCACAAGUCGUUCUGGAAGCGUGGAUGAAUCAAGAUAUUAUGGUACCGAUAAUGGUAGUAGGUACCAAUCUUCGUGCUGUAGCUCACCAAGGAUGUCUGAUGGUCCAGCAAAAGAGUUGAAGGAGGAAAACUCUGUGUAUGGAAGUGAUGAAGAAGUUGACGAUCCACCUGAGGUAGACAGUGAUGAGGAUAUUAGCGAUGAUGGUGACAAAGAGGUCCAUGAAGAGGUUGGAUCUGUUGAUGAAGGCUCAACGAAAUCGGAUGAAGAGUACAAUGAUUUGGCAUUGCAGGAUGUGAUGAAUGGCUACUUCCCUGAUGAUGAAGAAGACCAUGAUGUGGCAAUCUCCAGGGAUGAAUCGACAUCAGAUAAAUAUAAGAACUUGGACCUCUUCCUUAGAAGUAUAAGAAAGCAGUUUUCGGAGCCGCUUUGCUCUCACCCUUCCCUGCUUACGGAGAAGAUGGAGAAGGGAGUGGUACCUUUCGGGAGUUUAAAAUGCGAAAACGGUGCCUCAGUCUUUCGGCCUUGGGGAAACCAGGAUCCAUAAUUGGCCAUCCCAUAGUUUGAUGUUUUCUUUU